CUGAGUCUGGCAGUGGGGUGGGAGGGGGUGCUCAUGGCAAUCCCCUCUUUCUUCCCUUCCCUGCAGCAGAGGUGGGUGGGAGCCUAGAACAUUCUCAGCAGCCAGUGACUCCUCCUCCACCCAGUGGCUCAGCUUCCCCUGGCCCCGGGAGCUGCCGCCUCACCCUCCAGACCAACUGCUGCAGUCUCUAAGCCACAGAAGACCUUCGACCAGGACACGCAGACCCAGAGGACUCAGCUGGCAGUCACUCCUGCCCUUUGGUGCUUCCUGAGAACUUCUGGACUGAUGCCCUCAUCCCGUUUGACACGAGGAAACUUCCCGAGCUCCCCUCUUGUGUACCCACACCUCCCAGGUGUGCAGACGUUACCCGAGGGCAGCAGACUCCGUGCAGGACACGUGAGCAAUCGCCUUGUCAGCUAGAGCCGUGAGAGAGAAGAGCAUGGAAGGGUUUUGGAAGACCAGAUAUGAAGCAUUCACUGAAGGAGGGGUAGAAGAUAACUACUUUGCAACAUCGGCCUCAUUGAAGAUCCUCCUGGUGGGCAAAACAGGCUGUGGGAAAAGCGCCACUGGAAACAGCAUCCUGCAACGGCCAGUGUUCGAGUCCAAGCUGCGGGCCCAGGCAGUGACCAGAACGUGUCAGGCAGAGGCUGGCACGUGGAAUGGGAGGGAACUCCUGGUGGUUGAUACACCCCCCAUCUUUGAGUCCAGGGCCCAGACUGAAGACGUGUACAAAGACAUCGGGGACUGCUACCUGCUCUGCACCCCAGGGCCCCAUGUGCUGGUCCUGGUGACUCAGCUGGGUCGCUUCACAGCCCAGGACACGGAGGCAGUGAGGAGGGUGAAAGAGGUCUUUGGAGUGGGGGCCAUGAGACACAUGGUCAUCCUCUUCACCCAUAAGGAGGACCUAGAGGACGAGUCCUUGGGUGAUUAUGUGGCCAACACGGACAACCGCAGCCUGAGGGGCCUGGUCCAGGAGUGUGGGAGGAGGUUCUGUGCCUUCAACAACCGGGCCACGGGGCAGGAACUCAUGGCUGUGGUCGAGCAGCUGGAGAGGGAGCACCAGGGAGCCGUCUAUAGCAACAGCCUCUUCCUGGAUGCCCAGAUGCUCCAGCAGUGCGGGGACAGCACCUCCGGAGAGGGGUAUGCGCAGUACCUGGCAAAGGUGAGACAGCAGGUGGAAAAGCAGAGGCAAGAGCUGAAGGCGAGUGAGAGUGACUGGGUGCUCAGGACUGUCCGUACAGUUAGAAACUGGGCGCGUUCUAACAUCGCAAUAUCUGCCCUUCUUAUUAUAUGCGGUUUGGCUUUUCUUGCCAUUGUAAUUAAUUUCUGUAUUAUUCAGGGACACUGAGUGUUUUCAAGUGAUUGCUAUGAUCAACUCUUUUUCCCCACUGUCACUAUUUCUAUGUAUUAAUAUAUAUGACACUUCACUUGCUUUGUAGAUAAGUUCCCUCUCAGUUUCUUCUCUGAAUCAGACACACCAUUUUUCUUCAAGUGCUCUUAGGUAAAUAAAAUUCAAAAGAAAAAAAUGCUUCUCUUUCGUUGUGUUAAAAAAUU